CUUGGAAGCUUCGACUCGUGUGACGACUUCCGCUUUUCUCAAGAAAAGUGUUUUCCACGACAACAACCACACUCAGCGAAAAGCUACUGUAUGUCGCACAGAAGCUCAAAAGUGCACCGUGCACAAUACUUUCCCAGUCGCACUCGACUGGACAUCUCAUAAUAUAAUGUACUGGUAUCUAUCUUGAGCACUAUUCUCGACAUUGUGAUUGGCAGAGUCCGAGUUACAUCACCCCGAGUACGUCGCCCCGAGCUGGGCAGUACUGCACUAACCUCCUUUCCUGCGGCUGGCGGCAGCGCGCCUCCGGUUUAGGUCCGUUUUCGAGUAAUUCAGCUCCCGGUUAGCUUUGCAGGUUUGGCUCACAAACGCAAAUUUUGCGCCGUUUCUACAAACUUUGACUGUGCAAGCGCUCAGAGCUGACAGAUUUCCAAGUUGCUUGUAGUAGCUGCCACUUGCAACCCGCUUUCAGCAGCUGCACUGCUCCCUUCCGGUUCAGCCCGUUUAUACCGCCGCCCCACAGCGCCACCAAUCAUGGCGGCAAGCAGCGCCCGCGCAAUUCCCAUCAGCGGCGUCAUGAUCACCCGGGGAGCAGGCUCUGCUGUGGUGAACCAGCCCCAACUGAGGACUGCGCUAGCCGGGUGCCGCCUUGCCCCCCAAUCCUGCGUGUCCACCGGCCGCAUCCGCAUGACCGCAGGGGGCUCCAAGACCGCGAGCGGCGUCAGAAAGACUGUGGGCUCGAGGCGCAAGAUCGCCGCUGAAAACGCCGACGCCGUCUGGAUCCCAGGCUUUGAGCGCCCCGCCCAUCUUGAUGGCUUUCUUCCUGGCGACCGCGGCUUUGACCCCCUGAACAUUGCGGUGGAGGAGGGCGUCCGCAACCGGGUCAUCGAGGGGGAGGUCCUCAACGGCCGGUGGGCGAUGCUGGCAUGCCUGGGGGCGCUUGUCCCCGACCUCCUGGGGAAGGGCAACUUCGGCGACCUUGCCAGGUCCAGCGCCUGGCUUGGAGGGCCAGUUCUUGGCCUGGAGCCUGUCGGGAUUCCCACCAGCGGCCUCGGGCUCGCCUUCCUCCUGGUGAUCGGCGCGUGCGAGUGCAUCCGGCUGAAUGCUGAGGUCAGGAUCGGCUACGAGAGCUACGAUGACGUCAGCAGCUUCGUGUACCCGGGCUUCGACCCGCUGGGCUUCCUGGAGGACAAGACUGAGGAGGAGGUCAACGAGCUGCGGACCAAGGAGCUGAAGAAUGGGCGCCUGGCCAUGGUCUCCUUUAUCGGUUUCCUCUGGCAGUACCUGGAAACCGGCGAGGGUCCCAUCACAAACCACACCAAACACUUGGCGGACCCCAGCGCCAACUGGCUCUUCAACGGCAGCCCGAUCGUGUGGCCCAACUGAUAGCGUAUCAGUACCGCCCAGAGAUAGAAAGUUGUAUAAGCUCCAUAGGUUUGGCUUGGAACCCAGCUCAUGUAAGUAGCUAGAUUCCGACUGGGCGAAUGCAUUGCAUGGCACUUGUGUGCAGGGGGCGUCAGCGGCUUGGACUUCGAGGUCCCUUUCGUGCGACCGGACGCACGUUGCAGGACGGUAGAAGUUGGGUUACCGUCACCUGGAUUUGAAACACAGUUUAUUGACGCUACCUUUGUACAUAACCAAGGCUGAUUGACAACGAUUCUUAUACUUGACCGACCUUUCGCGUUGUGAUCGAAACGAAUCAUGUGACAAUGUCUCUACGAUUCAAAAGUGCUCCACCCCCUAGUAUUGCCCAGCAUUUUGAGCAAAGCUAGAAUACCGCCACGGACUUUGGUGCCUUUUCCUUCUAUUCAACACCCUCCGAAGCGCUUCGCGAGGCCCAGUGCGAGUGGGCGCCGUUCGGCCAUUCCCAUGGCCCCAGAACAUGACGGCCACGUGGCAAAACCGCGGCGCGGCCGAUCCAUCAAAGCAGCGAACCUUACUCACGGGAUAUGUAAAUCUCAGAACCCCAAUUGGAAGUACUGAAAACCGGACACGAAAUCCGGACACGAACUAAGAG